GUUCGUGUAACGCUGUUCGAUGUGGGUCCAGGCGGGAGAAGAUCUUGCUGCUGAGAUGAUAUUAGCACUGGAGCUCUUCAGCGACCUGUUAUUGCCGCCGUAGACAGAAAAUGAGGAAAACAACAGAAAAUCAAGGAAACGCUCGAGCACUUGGAGAAUACUUCUCACCGAAGAGUAAAGUGAAGGACCUCGCACCUCGCUCUCUACCGCAAUCUUUUCACCCAGAGACUCCAAUGAAGCCCUCUCAGGUCCCUAACCGGAUUUCUCAUCCACCACCGAGGAGAGUGUUACCGCUUCAAACACCUGAAAUGUGCUACAAGGACAGACCAGGUCCACGUUGGCACCCUCCUCACCCCCCAGGACCAAUUUAUUCAACAGUGCUUGUUCCAGGCAGCACAGCCAACUUUGGAAACUCAGUAAAUAGUCCCCCACCAAUGGCAAGGGACAAACUAGGUUCUCUGCAGCACUCGGCGCAACCAGGACCAGGACCAAUAUGCUCUCCUUUGGUUGUGCCAUUUAGCCGAACCAACGUAGAUACCUCACUUAAUAGGCCACAACCCUCACAUCCCCAUUUAUUUCCCCCUGCACCCCCUCACUUCAUCAGCAACGGCUCCCCACUCACCUUCAACAAGAAAGGUCCCAUGACUGAAUCCAAGGGUACUUUAUCUAACUCAGGAACACAAAACCAAGAAUCAAAACAGGCUCAAUCGAACGAUGUGAGGAGUUCCACACCUACUGUCGAGCUGCACAGGCCGCGUAUAGGCUUUAAAAUCUCACCACUCCACACCAGAGCAGCCCCAGCACUUAAGCCACCACCCACUUCAGGCUCAGAGCGAAGCCGUCCUGAUGUCACCCGGAGGCCCUCGUGGGGCUACCAGCCUCUGAAUACCCAGUCCCCUGACAGGAGUGGUGGUUACAGUUUACCCUUCACCCAUGGCACUGCGGCCCCUUGCCAGAGCCAACAACAUGUGCGAACACCUACAAGUGAAAGUGAACACAAAAGUACAGUGGACUUGAAUCGCUCUUCUCAGAAGAGAUGCAAGGAGUUUGAGCGCUGUUACGAGAACGCCAAGAAACCGUGUCUUCAGGGUACAAACUCUCAUGUAACACAAACUGCAAAACCCACUGUUCAGAGUAAUUCAGUGGUCUCUCCGCCAUCAUCAAAGAUUACUUCAGUCUUGGGGCUGUCACCCAAAACUACAGGUAGCCAUCUGGGUAAGGAACCAGCAUGCGGACAGUCACCGUGCUUGGAGCCAUCAUCAAUAUUCAAACCCACCCAGUCAUGCUAUACAUCAUCAUCAUCACCCAAACACUGUACGAGCAGACCACCAUCAAUGGGCGCAAAGCAAGUCUUUUUAAAUGCUGCUCAGAAUCAUAAAGUGGAGAUAAAAGAGAUAAAAUUACCUUCAAAGUCAAUUGAAGAAAAUGUGCAAAAAAGAAGCGAAGAAAACCACAAAAAGGAUAAACCAAGCACUUUGUUACCCUCAAAGUGUCCUCAUAAGGACAGCAGACGAUCACCUCAUACUGAGGUAAACAGCCACCACUCAGGUCAUACUGUCUGUGGUACCACGGGCUUCUCAGUGAAGCCUCUAAGCAGAAGUAAUCAAGUGGGGGAGAGCAGAAAAUUGGACAGAAGCACGCCCAAACCAACCUCUAAACCAAAUUCAGGCUCUUCGAGCAGCCGCACAGGAGAGCGGAAAAAAUCUUCUCAUGCACGAAGACCUGUUGUGAUUUUAGACGAUGCAGCUGAUCUUUUCACCCCUGAUCCCCUUACUUAUGUGGUCAACCCUGCAUGUAGGAGUACAAAGCCCAAGGGAGAUGGGGAAACAAUCAAGUCUCCCACCUCAGAGAAAAGUUGUGUAUCCAGCCCUUCAUCCAGCUCCGGUACCUUAUUAAGUGGAUCGCCGUAUUACAAAACUCAGAACUCCACAGUCAAUGGAUCCCCUCAUGCAACAUCUUCCUCAUCACAUAUUCCACAGGUCUGCUUGCCAACUAUAACUUUAAAGCGGGUAAAACUUGAAAAUGUCCCUGUGAAAGGGAAGGAACUCAAAAACAGUCCCAUCAGUUCUUCAGGCAGGCAGCUAAAGAAUGAGAGCGUUAAAUCUGAGAACAAACACACGUCUCCUCUCUUCAACAACGUGAGUUCAUGCGAGACUGACGCUUCUCCCUCCGAGCAAACUUCUACAUCCCACUGGAGACGGGCAAGUGAAAUGGACAGAAAGCAGGUGAAUGAAGAAGAUCCCAUAGACGUGGAGUUGGACCUGGGCCUAAGCUUUGCAUUAGGUGAGGAUGGAAGCCUGAGCUCUCACAGCAGUGAGGAGGAGCAGCUAAUUUCAUUGCAGGAGAUAAUGGAACGUGCAGCCAAACCUCCAGAGACACCAGAGAAAGGAGCCUUCUCAGAACCUAGUACACCAGGACAUCCCACCUGCCAGUUAAAAAAUCUGCCAUUGCCAUCCUCCACAAAGUCAGGCAUCUACAAGAACAAUCUUGACCAGAUGCUGACAGAAAUAAACAACAGUAAAAAAGCUAAAGAGAUUGAGCAACAGCUUCUUAAUGCAUGUAAUGAGGACCUGCUAAGGAUCGCUGAAUAUGAGGAGGCAGAGGAGAACCGGGAGGAGGGCAUCUCCACUGAACAGCAAGAAUUCCUUCAGCGCUUCUCGUUGAUGUCCAGCGCGAUCAGGGAAGUGCCUCCAGGGGAAGUAGUUUUCAACCUGGAGAAGUUUGGCCGGAUCUUCGACCAGGAUACACUGCAACUCAGGCAAUGCAUGGUCAAUCCACAGGGGAUAGCACAGAAAACGCUUCUUUGGUCCAGCCCAGCUCAGCUCAGAUUGCAUUUGAAUAUUGGAUUGUUCCAGGAAGCUUACAACUGUAACUCACCCUGCCCAACUCAGGUUACCUGUUUCCUGUUCAAGAUGAUGUCAGUCCACAGUGAAAGGAUGGUAUCUGAAAAGAUCCUGCAGGUCCUGUGUGACAUCGCCUGCACUGCUGCUUAUCAGAUAGUGAAAAAUGGCAGCCAGCAGUUUGAAGUGUGGGUGCCCAGUUUAUCCGAUGUGACGCUGGUCCUGAUGAAUAUGGGAGUUGCGUUUGUUACACUAUAUCCUUUUGAGAAUCUACAGCCUUCGUUCACAGAAGGAGAUCUGCUGGAGGAUGUCUACAUCAAAAGCGAGAGUCCCUCCAGUAAGGAAGAGAUUGCUUUCCCUGAACAUAACUGCAACAGCAUCUUGAAGUAUCUGUCCUACUGCAUGGGCCUGUGUCCACGUGCAUACAGCGACGAAGAGCUGCUGCUGCUGCUAACUGUGGUUGGCAGGGUUGGUCUGGACACACGGCUCAUCCUGCAGUCCACUGUGGAGCUGUACCCUCUGCAUUAUAAAAUCGUCAACAACUUCAGGGAGUGGGACACUAUGCUUCCUAGGAUCUGUCUGGCCCUCACUAAUUUGACAGAUGAUCAUCACAACAUGUGCCUGCUGGUUCAACUCCUGCCUGACAACACACGUGGAAAACAACUGCGCAGACAUCUUAGCAUGUCAAUGAUUUCUAAGCUGCUGGAUGGAAAUUGCACUUACAGACCCACACAGAAUGAGUUUCAGCUCUCUGAACUAAGACCAUACGUUCCCCGCAUGCAACCUUCCACCCUUUUCCGAAGCAUGCUGAGGAGUCAGAAGGAUAAAGAAGAGGACACUGCCACCCUCGACCAACAGUCCUACUACCUGUGCUAUAGCCUUUUGACACUGGCAAAUGAAGCGUCCAAUUUUCAUUUCUUCCCAGCUCAUCAAAAGGGCCAGCUGCUGUUCCUGUCGUCUGAGCUGAAUGCACAUGUUAAGUGUGACAUAAGAGAGAGCGAGAAAUGUCUUUACCGGAGCAAAGUAAAGGACCUGGUGGCCAGGAUCGAUACCAAGUGGCAGAUGCUUCUUCAGAGGACCAGGCCUCUUGAUGGCCGGCUGUAUGACUACUGGCAGCCGGUAGAUACUCUCAUCAGCAGCCAAGAAGAUGAAGACGAUGAAGAGGACACUGUGAUAGAAGAUGAGACCAUGAUGGAGGAGGAAGAGGAGGAUGCUGAUGUAUCAGGGGAGACUGAUGUUGCAAUGGUUGAUGAGAAGGAGCAGGAGGAGAAAGAAGCGGAGAGGGUGGAGGCAGAAGAGGAGGUGAUGGUUGAUGAUGAAAAGCUGGCAGAAAUGGAGGGACAGGAAUGUACCACAAAUGCCACAAGCAAAACGGAGGAUGCAACACAGUCAGUGCCUUGUGACUUGAACCAAGUGAUGCCUGAGGUAGAGCCUGAAGUACCAAAGGAGCCUCAGGCAGAGGAUGAGCAAAUAGAUGCUGGGAACGCGGCUCAUGCUGAUGUAGAGGGUGAGAUGGUUUAAAACAAGAGAGGUUCCUCACCUGGUUCCAGCAGGUGAUUUGAUGUUUGAUGUUUUCAUUUGUUUUCAGGGCUUUAAUAGCCAUUGCCUUAAUGUUCAGCUCAGUUUGCACUAUUUACAUGUCUUCCUCUAUCCCUGAGCCCCUAGGUUUCAUAGUCUUCCACAGUAAAUAAAGAUACAAACAUUAACUGUAUAUUUAUUAAUAAAGAACAUUUUUGAAGACAUUGGAAGGUUUGAGAGCAGAAGCCUUUUCUACUUCUUGGUUUGUGCUGCUAACAAAAUAUUGAUUUAAUGUUUUUUUUUUUUUUACAAAAACAAUAACUUAAUGUAAAUGCCUCUGGUAAUUUAUUUCUUGCUCUGCCACUAUUUUCGUGUCCAUAGUUGUGUAGUUUGUUGCAAUGUGGGUACAUUUGUGUUGCACGCUGUGGUUAAGUGCCUCGUGUGUUUUUUUUUGUUUUUUUUUAAGCAAUUUUUUCUACAUCCUUGUUGUCUACUGGCAGUGCUGUUUGUCAAACUUCAGUAAUUCCUCAAAAACA